AUGGCUAAGCGCGCCAACUGGAGCCUGGACGGCCAGCAGUCGAGCGGAGGCGGAGCGGCGUCCUGGAUAUGUGCAUGCACCGACAAGAUCUCCAUCGCCAAAGCGUUAACUAGGAGCUUAAGUGUUAUGUUGUCGCGUCCGACUGCACUGCUCAGGACUGGCGCACGUUGGCGCGUCUCGCUUACAGCGUCAGGUCGGAGUACGGUGCGGUGCGCUAGCACCGUCGCCGGGUGGCAGGGGGGGCUAUCGUGGCCCCAGGGCAAGCAGCCGACGCCCUACGAGGUACUGGGACUGGUGAAGACCGGCGUCGAUGCACGGCAGCUAAAGAAGCGGUACCACGAGCUCGCGAAGCUGUACCACCCGGACACGGCGGGGGCUGCCCAACAGGGGCUGGGUGAGCACGAACGCCUGCGGCGCUUCAAGCUGGUUAACGAGGCCUACGCGCUGCUUUCGGACGCGUCGCGGCGCCGGAUGUACGACAUGUACGCCACGGGGUGGGCGCAUGGGCCCGCGCCCAUGGCGCCGGCCAUGGCGCACGGCGCGUACCACGAGCGCUAUGCCUACUACAACGCGGGGACGUGGGAGGACAUGCAGGAUCUGAACUCGGACCGGCAGCAGGUGCAGUUCUCCGCGUGGGGCAUGGUGGUAUGGGCGCUGUGCAUGCUGGCGGGUUUCCAGGUGAUGGCGUUUCUCAUCCGCCUCGAGGAGCGCACCAGCAAGAGUGCGCACACCCAUGAAGAGGCCGAGCACGCGCUGCUGCUAGCCCACCUCAACUACGGCCUGGAUCAGGACCGCGUAAGUCGUGUGCGCCGCUUUUUGUGGUUUCGCAGUUGGGGGCUCUACAGAACAAAGGCCGAGUUGGACGAAGCGGCACGCACGAACGAGGCGCUCGUUCGCCAGCUAGAGGGUGGUAAAUAG